AUGAACGGUGUCACUGGCGGCAUUCCAAAACCUCCCGCUAAGGUCUCCUGCCUUGCCUGCAGAGCCGCAAAGCGGAAAUGUUUAACCCCUGACGCCUUCACCGUCUGCAAGCGUUGCAUCGACAACAACCUGCAAUGCGAGUACAAGAAGCACCGCCGCGGUAGGCGGAAAAAGGAUGCGUCUGGCGUUCCUAUCGACACCGACAUCAGUGGCAGGCUCGUUGGAUCCAUCGGCUCCCGCCCGACUCCCAGGGUGUCGAGUGGCACCACCCGCCAAUUCCAUGACCAUGACUCGACCCGUCACAGCUCCCACAGUCCUUAUGGCCGCGACCUCGACCAUGAGCUCGAGCCUUACCGUCACUCUCCGUCGGUCACGACGACGACUGUGACCCCCAUCCCCAUGACGGAGGAGCAGGCCAUGAGCACUCAGCACGGUAUCCAGUUCUCCCACGUGGUGCCUGUGCAGGGAGAGCACACCGCCUACAACAUGCCUCCUCCCAACCUCACGGCCACUCCUCCUCUCCAUGCAAAUAUCUCGCAAGAGUUCUGCCCUGACCCCGUCAUGAGCGGUCUCAUCAGCGAGAGCGAUGCGUUUGAGAUGUUCGAAUUCUAUUUUGGACACGUCAACGUGACUGUCGCUGUACUUGACCCCGUGCUGCACACUGCGACUUUCUGUCGCGAAAAGUCGCCCCUGCUGUUCACUGCUGUGCUGACUGUCACUGCAAAAAUUCUCAAGCCCAAGGCAUACUCGUCCUGUCUGCUGAUCGCGAACAAGCUCGUCGGGCAGGCAGUCGAGUAUGGUGUGUCCACGAUCGAGGUCGUGCAGGCGCUGAUCAUCCUGCAGCACUGGAAGAAGGCGGAUGAUGGUAGCAGCUGGCGCAAGCUCGGCUAUGCGAUUCGCAUGGCGCAGGAGCUCCGCCUCAAUCACCGUGCGCCUCGUCCUUUGCCGGCGAAUGAAAAGCAGGCGCGCCAGGUCCUGAACAGGGAACGCUGCUGGCUAAACCUGGUCGUUGCUGACUACCACCUGGCCAUGCACCACUCGCUGCCUCGCAUGCUGAACAAUGACGAUCUCGAGGACCCCUACGAGUGGCAGGUGGAUCACCCCCACCUUCCUGUGCCCGGUGACCACCUGUUUGCUCCUUGGAUCACCUUCUCCCGCCUGUGCCGUCUGUACGCCGACAUGCUCGCCAGCAUGUCUGGCAGUCACGCCAACCUGCGCAGCCUUCACUGGCUCGAAAUGGAGUGGAAGAGGUGGCGCAAGCGCUGGCUCGAGCGCGACUGCGAUUUCCUUCCUCAGCAGAUUGCCAUGAUCAAGAUGUGCUCGGCGCUCCUGCACUUCCACAUCUGCGAGUACCGCCUUCUUUUCUGCGCCCGCUACCAAGCCAAGAACGACGGCGACACUGUCGACACUACGCAGCCUAACAGUCUGUCGUAUGCGUUCGCGCAGUGCAGCGACACUGCGCUCGGAGUCCUCGAGGUCUUCGAAAACGACUUUGUGCGCCACGGGUACCUGCCCUUCUGCUUCAACCUUGCUUGGGUCGCCACGGCUAUCGCCUCGGUAUGGCUCGUUAAGAACAUUUCGAGCAUGGACCAGGUCGAUCGCGUGCGCAUUAUUCGCGUCCUGAAGCAGGCUGAGGAGAGCACUGCGAGCGCCUCGCUGUCUUCCGAUGAUAUGGCGGCGUACACCCACCGCCUGCUGAAGCACCUGCUCGGCACGAUCAAGCCCGAGUGGCACCUGCAGGCUUCGCAGCCCGGCAGUGCGCUGAACAUUUCGCCGCCGGGCGUCAACCUCCAGUUGGGCUCCUCGCCAGGCCACAUGUGGACAAUGCCGAGCACGACUCAGAUGAUCCAGGACAACCUAUGGAACCCGUCGAACCCCUCGACAAACCCGUUCGAGGACUACCACACGCAGCUGCAGCAGACGAACAGCAACGACUCUUUGGCGCAGGCGUCGAUCCACGCCGGAGGACACGGCAACGAGAUGACGAACUUCCCGACCGACAUGCUCUUCCCCGCUGCCGACGACGACAUCUGGAAGCUCCUCUUCCCUCUUUAA